GUUGCUUGGACGUGGCAGCCAUGACGUGAUUUCUGAGUUUUUGUUAAAGAGAUUACAUUAUUAAUUGUAGAGAAAACUGUUAAUUAAGGGGAAUACGUGCAUUACUCGCCACCGCCUACCAAUUGCCAGUGUAAAUCCACAAAUCCAUGCAGAGUGAAAUUAAGUCAAUGCAGUAACAAGGCAACGGAACAGAAAUCAACAACACACAUACACACGCACAGUAUAGCAGCAAUCAACUCACAACAACAAGAAGUCAACGUCCAACAAUUUAAAGCUCAUAUCUCGAUUGACCGAUAAGUCUAGACCACCAAAUCGAUAAUACGCAUUUACCAACACUGCUGCGGCGAGAGAGCAGAGCGAGUGAGCGCGCAAAACAGCUGAUUGCGACUGGCACACGGUUGUUGUUGCAGUCGUGCUGUUUUUCUUUCUGUUUUGUUGGAACUUUUUCGCUGCAGCGAUAAAGAGAGCGGAGCGCGAGAGGCAGAGCAGCACAAACUACUACGUGUGACGUGGUGUGGGGGCAUACAGGUGGCAAAACAGCUGUUUCAACAGCAAAACCAAUCUGUUUUUUAUUAGAAUACAUAAUCAAUUUACCGCCUGCAGAUUUCCAGCUAAAAAACAAACUCACAUACAACCAAAAAAACCAUCAAUAUCUACAAAAAACAAACGUUAGCAUCCGAGAGAGAGAAACUUCCAGUGGCAGCUUGCUUACCCAAGUCGUCUACUUCCACAACGAGUGCUUCCCGUACUUCCCGUCCUUUCCACGAGAUCAACCAAGCCGUCGACCACCUUCCACACAACGAUAACUAGCACAGCCCAGCCCCUUCCACAAUUACCAAGCUGGCCCAAACAACACAACCAAGUGCAACUUUCCAAACUACAACAACUACUACUGAUCCGAUCUCUCAUAAUCCAUUUCAUAAAUUUUCCGGAAACAAUCGAGGGGCUAUCUAAUUGCUAUCUAAUUGGCGGCUAGUUGCGCGCACGUUAUGACCAAUUCGAUUGCGUCAACGAAAUGCCUGCCCAAUGCACUAUCGACCGGCAAUUAUGGAAUGUCCCAGAGCCACCGUUACACCGAUGAUAGCAAGGAGUACAUCAUCGUCAAGCUUACCGAUUCUGCCUUCCGUGCGAUCGAGGAAUAUCAGCGCGAUGACAACGCUAAGCGCCUGCAACCAGGCCAAAGGGCCAAAAUCCAAUUUGUGGGCAACACGGGCGUCAUCCAUUUCCCGCGACCAGCGACGGAUGCUAAUGGCAUCCCUAAUGCUAAUGGCAAUGGCAGCGACGCGACCGGAGCAGGAGGAGGAGGUAGCCGAAAAUUUGGCUUCACUAUCAACAAUAUGGAGGGAACGCUUGAGUGCGUUCAGCAGCAGCAACGGAACCUCGGAGUCCUCGGAGCGGUCACCCUGCGAAUGCGGAUUCAUGCCAAUGACGAUGUCUACGAUUCGACACGCACAAAAAUGGCCAUUGCUGAGGAGACGGAGAAGAGCAAGUGCAUCAGGGAAAUCAAGCCGAAUCAGUCGGAUAUCGGGCGUAAGGUGAAGAAGCCGCCAUCAGCAAUCCAAUCUUCUGCCUCCACCGCCUCAGCCUUCUCCUCCUCCAACUCCUCUAACUCCGGUUUGACGACGACGGCAUUUCAUCAUCACAGCAACAGCAACAACAGUGGGAACAACAACAACAGCAGCAGCAGCAGCAAUAGUUUUAAUAGCAACAACCAUAGUCGUAAGUUAGGUUCAUCGCCAUUUAAUGGCCUAGGCGUAGGAUCCAGCAGCUCCUCCAGCGCGUUUGCCUCGCGCUCGCCCAAUCCCAGCACGCUGGGCGCUAGCGGCACAGUCAAUGGCUCUGGCGUUGGUGGUGGUCGCUAUGGUGGCGGUGCAGCCUCCUCGCUAGCUUCCACAUUCGCCAACGGCAUCUCGCAGGGCUACAAUAACCUGAGCGGCAGCUCGCCAAGAGACUCGAUGACAGCGGGAACAUCAGGUGCGACUGCCUCAUCAGCCAUCUCCUCACGCAACAAGAUGCCAAGCGGAGGCCUUACCUCCUCCAACUCCAACUCCUCAUCGUCCUCCAGGAGUGCCAAUAACAAGUCGUCGGGCGGCAACAAGAUGUCAGAUGUGUCCAGGCGCAAUAUACGAGAACGGCUUAUCCAUCUGCUGGCCCUCAAGGCCUUCAAGAAGCCUGAGCUCUUUGCGCGCCUGAAGAACGAGGGCAUUCGGGAUCGGGAGCGUAACCAGAUCACCAACAUACUCAUGGACAUUAGCACCAUGUCGCACAACACGUACAAUCUGCGUCGCCAGAUGUGGAACGAUGUGGAUGAGAACUGGCCCUUUUUCAGCGAACAGGAGGUUCAGCAGCUGAAGCGACGCAAGCCGCAAAAUCUGACACCGCCAAUGAGUUCGGACGCGGGCAGUUCGACGUCCGGCCAGAGUCCAACAUCGACGCACACGGGCAGUCCUCCGCCGCCUUCAAGUAAUGGUGGUCCCGGUGGCGUCGGAGGUGGAGCAGGCGGUACGGGCAUGAAGCGGACCAGCCUCGAGUACGACGAGACCAUGUUCAGCACUGUUCAGCCCAAGAAGCAGCGCAUCAGUCACUACAAGAAGGACACUCCGCCCUCGGGGACGUCGUACUCUUCCGCUGCGGUAUCGAUGUCACUGGGUUCCUCUGCAUCAUCCAGUCGGAGUCGGUAUACGCCGCCGCAACGCCAGCCUGGUCCAUUGGAUGAUCACAGCACAAGUGAUCUUAGCUACAAUGUGCUGGACAACAUAGAAGAGUUUAUGAGCUCCACGGCAGCGGCGACGCAGCAAUCGAUGGAACAGCAGCAUCAUCCGAGAAGCAGCAGUAGUAGUAGCAGACGAGGAAGCUCCUCGUUGGCGGGCACCAGCAAUGGGGGCAACAACAAGGAUAAGCGGAACUCUACGGGCAGCAAUUCAAGCAGCUCCAGUGGCUAUGAGACGCAACAGGAUCGCCAGCGUUCAACGGCGUCGAUGUCGUCAAACCGCAGCAGCGCAUCCUCUUCAACGACGCCGCCGAAGCUUGCGGCUAGUUUUGUGCCCGCGGCUGCCUCUGGAUCCGCUUCCGGUUCCAGCAAACAACGUAUGCCGCCCCAACAAAGCGACCACAACUCGUACAACAGCAAUAACGCGCAACAUGUGGCGUCCAACAGCAAGAAAAGGACGUGUAGUGUUGGUCCUAGUGGUGGAUCGAGUAGCCAUCGUCACAGAAAUGCCAGUGGCUCUAGUUCCGGCUAUCAGCAGGUGCCGCCACCUUCGUCCAACUCGCGGUCGUCUCUCCAGCAGCAGAAUCAGCACCAGAAGCAGCAGGUGCAACAGCAACAGGCGCCGCCGCAGCAGCAGCAGCAGCAGCAUUACCAUCAGCAAGCCAAGCAUCCGUCGCCCUCGCAGCAGUUGGCUGCUGCUGCCCAUGCCUAUGCCCAUGCCACCGCGGAUACGGACUCAUCCGCCACGCCGCGCUACGACUUCAGCCAAUACGUGCCCAUCCAGACGCUGGAGGUGCGGCGGCGUUACAAGACUGAGUUCGAAAGCGACUACGAUGAGUACCGCAAGCUGCUGACGCGCGUCGAGGAUGUGCGCAAUCGCUUCCAGGACUUAUCCGAGCGUCUGGAGAGCGCCAGGCGCUGUGACAACGGAUACGGGGACUACGAUCACAUCAAGCGGCAGAUUGUGUGCGAAUACGAGCGGAUCAACAACGAUCACACCAUCGGAGAGGACAAGCAGCGGUUCGAUUACCUGCACGCCAAGCUGGCGCACAUCAAGCAGCUGGUGAUGGACUAUGACAAGACUUUGAUGAGUGCCACGAUGGCGAUGGCGCCCACGGACGUCGUUGCUGCUCAAAGGCCCGAUCCAGCUGUGGCUAAGGCGGCGGCCAGGUUAGCCGAACAUCAUAGGCGCCAACAUCACGCCGCGGAGACGAUAGACCAGCAGCAGCAACAGCAAAAGCAGACACAUCAGCAGCAUUUGCAGCGUCAUUUGCAGCAACAUUUGCAGCAGCAACAAAAUCUACUGCAGCAGCAACAAAAUCUAUUGCAGCAGCAGCAGAGUGUGAGUAAUUCGGAUGACAGUUCGGAUAGCUCGGAUUCCAAUGAUGACGACGACGACGAGGACUGCGAUGAUUCCAACUCUAAUACCGAUGACGCUGAGGCACGCUACUGAUCCUGAUCCUGAUCCUACUGGGACUACUUCGAUGAGACCAUCCGCAGAUUCCCAUGUAAAAAGGCAAAACAAGAAAGAAACUAAUAUACAUAAAUACAACGCUAAUGUAAGAAAAAUGAAAAAAAAAAAAUACAACAAACAAAUCAUCAAAAUGGAGAAAACACCAACAAAAACGUUCUAUAAGAAAUUGUACUGCAAGCAAACAAAAAACCCUCAAACAAAAAAAUGUUGAAAUUAUGUUAACAAAACAAAAACUUAAAAAAUACACACUUUCGAGUAAAAUAAUUUUUAUUACAAUAAAAACGAGGGGUAGGCGGCGGUCCAGAACUGCUGUCACCGAAUUCUACAUAUAUAAAAUACAUAUAUGGACUAUAUAUACAUAACAACAAAAAGCCAGAAGAAGACGACGAUAUGAUGAGGGGGAAACAAAAUCAAUAUUUUUAAAAGCAACGGCGAAAGCAAAAAAAAAUUAUAUACGAGUUGUAGACUUAAUUUUUUGUUGAGCAUAUUGAGCAGCUUAAGUAACUAAAUGAAAAAGAAAACAGAUGUUUUACCUUGCGUUUUGUGUGUAAUAAAUAUUAUUAUUAUAUUAUUAUUAUCAACAUUUAAAUAUAGCUUGUAUGUUUUUCGUUUUUAAUCUAGACUCUUCUUAUUUUUAUUCUUGAUUUUGUUUAACAUUUGUUACAAACGGCAAACACACACACCUCACCUCACCGGAUAUCCCACACACGACAUACACACAACACACACACACGCAACACUGCAAAGGACUACACUCAUCAACAAAACUUCUGCAUUUUCGGGCAUAGCUUUUGUUUUAGAUUUGUGUUUACAAAUGGAGAGAUUGAAAGAGAUAUAGCGAGCGAGUGGGGGGCCAGCACAAAGUGUCCUCGCUGCUGCCGACUGCACGUGCCCGAUGUCCUGCAUCCAGGACACUCAUGCACAUACAUAUGUGGUGUGGGUGGGACUGGGCAUUGGGUGCGAGUAGAGUUAACUGAUAUUGAGCCAAUGUUUGCCUAGGCCUACGAUGACCACAACUGAAUACCGUGACCAACCGACGAACACACCGACACACUGAGAGAACAAGAGGGGAGCACCACAGAAACUGCAAUUGGUUAGGAGGGGGAUGGGGGUAGUAUGAAUAGAUUGGGCCUGUUAUUAACAUUUUAGUUUGGCAAGGCAUUUUAAAGAUACAAUUAACUUAUGAUUGGUACCAACUAGGGAUUGGUUAGGAACUUACGAUAAAAACAAUGUAACAACAGGCAAAACUUAAUUCAAGUUGUUUGUAAACGAUGCAGCUGCUCCUUGGCCGAUUUGCUAGGAUUGUACUUCGUUUACAACCAGCUCCAUGUUACCAAUCCCCCAUUGAAUACGCGAGGAUGUGUUUGAAAACGUUUCCCUUUGGUGGUGUUGCAUGCGGGCGUGCCUCUAAACAAUAGACUGAACUUUUAAACGGCUUGUGUAGAGAAAAUUCUUGUGUUUUAUCGAUAACUAGUUAAUUUGUUAUAUAUUUUUGUGUUUUAACAAUGCACAGGGUUUCGUUUCGCGUUUCUUUUCUGGCCAACAGCGGCGGGCGGUACCUUUCCAAACGUUAAAAACUAUCGAAAUCUGAAGUAAUAGGGACAUUUUUCGAACUGAGACGAAGACGACGGGGGAGACUUUAUUUAUAUACACACACAUAUACAUAUUAUUUGCGGCUUGGACUAGUUAUUGCUCAAAAACUAUGAGAGGACUAAUAGAAAUGAUAUACUUAAUGGUUGUAUCACAGCUAUGGCGAUCCCUUAAGUUGUUUGCUUUUAGUUUUAGGACAACUCUAAGCGUGUUACGAAAGCUUCCUUAAGUAAAGUAAUAAUAAUAUCGAACUAAAUAAAACUGAGAGGAGAGAUGAAUGCAGUCGCUUGAUAAUUAUCAAAUUAUUUGCUGAAACUCUAGUGUCCAAAAUGAUAAAGAUAUGGGAAGAUGAAACGAAACAAAUGCAAAACUAAACAAAGAAGUUUAAGAACUAACACGAAAUUGAAAAGUAAAAACCAUGAAAUUUUAGCUAUUUCGUUGCAAUAUUUUUUAUAUACGAUAUUUAAGUAGUAGGGGAUGAAAAACAGACGGAAGGGAAAAUCAAAUGAAACAUUGAGAUCAAGUUGCAAAAAUCAAGCGUUUAAAAUCGAUUCGUAGCAAUUACAACAGAAUACAAAAUCAUAUAUACAAUUUAUAUACAAGAAACAAACAAAAAAAAAACACUAAAUA